CCCCAGACAGUCCAAGAUCCACAGCUGUGAUCAAGCUGUUUGGAGUGCAUGUGCACUGGUUUACCAUGCUUCAACCUACAUGCUGAGCCCUUAAGAUUUUAAGCUUUCUUUACUACGAGUGUUGUCAUUUUCUUUGGCAGCUAUGGCCCACUUCCUAGGCACAGAUGCUCCAUGACAGUGUAUGGACUAGCUACUUAGGGCUCCUAUGAUAGGUGUUGACUCUUCAUCUCCACCUUUCCCUCACACUGCUUUCUGUGGCUUUAUUUUGUGAACAAUGUAUUUUACACUUAGUAUGUCAGUGACAUGGGAUUGUUAUGAUAAUUACAGCUGGUCUUCAUAGAAGGAUUGCAACAACGGUCACUGGUUACUUUACACACACCAACGAAGUGGAUUUAGCAGGAAACAGCUGCAACAGCCUGGAAAUUACCAUGGAAAAGAUACUGAAAACAGAAUUGAAAACUUCCAUUCUGAAGGCAUUUGGAAGCUCUGGAGGAGGAUACAUCAGCCAAGGCCAAGCCUAUGAAACGGACAGUGGACGAGUAUUUGUUAAGAUCAACCACAAAUCUCAGGCUAGAAAGAUGUUUGAAGGGGAAAUGGCAAGUUUGGAAGCUAUUCAGAAGACCAAUACUGUGAGAGUGCCUCAGCCUAUUAAAGUGAUUGACCUUCCUGGAGGAGGAGCAAUGUUUGUCAUGGAGUACCUAAAGAUGAAGCAUCUCAACAAAUAUUCUUCAAAGCUUGGAGAGCUGAUAGCAGAUCUUCAUCUUUAUAACCAGAAGCUUGGAGAGAAACUGAGAAAGGAGGACCACACAAUUGGUAAAGGUGCAGGUCACUCUGAGUCUCACUACGUGGAUAAGUUUGGAUUCCAUAUAGCCACUUGCUGUGGCUAUAUACCACAGGUGAAUGAAUGGCAGAGUGAUUGGCCUUCUUUCUUUGUACGUCACCGACUCCAAGCUCAAUUGGAUUUGAUCGAAAAAGAUUAUGGAGACAGAGAAGCAAGAGAACUUUGGUCACAGCUAAAACUAAAGAUUCCUGAAAUGUUCUGUGACAUAGAAAUUGUUCCUGCUCUCCUGCAUGGGGACCUGUGGGCAGGAAACGUGGCUGAGGAUGACUCCGGACCAAUUAUCUUUGAUCCUGCCUCCUUUUAUGGCCAUUCAGAAUUUGAACUGGCCAUUGCUGGAAUGUUCGGUGGGUUUAGCAGCUCUUUUUUCUCUGCGUAUCACAGUAAAAUACCCAAAGCUCCAGGAUUUGAGAAACGAAACAAAUUGUAUCAGCUCUUUAAUUAUAUAAACCACUGGAACCAUUUUGGGACAGGGUAUAGGGGCUCUACCCUAAAUGUAAUGAGAAAGCUUUUAAAGUAAACAAAAACGUUCGAGAAAUUCUGACAUACUCCCUGCUUACCACAAAUAACACAAUCUAGAAGUUAAUGUUAAUGAUAAAACACAUGACAGAUGUAAAAGGCUUCAUACACUUUUGAGCCUCACUAAAUUUUAGGAGUGACUGUGUUAUUUUUACUGUGUAUACUAGUUUACUACCACAGAUUCACACCACGCUGAAGAAAAAGACUGCAUCAUUUGUGAAAACUUCACUAGGCUGGAAAAGUAGUGUGACAGUCAGGCUAACCUUACUGUUUGUAGGCUGCCCUACUUGUCAGUCGCUGCAUUGCCGUGCUCUCUUGCAUCUUGCCACUUCGGCUGUUCUAUCACCAGUUCGUUGUUGAGAGCUACUGUUCUGGGUUUGUGGUGCUGGAAGUGAUCACUGGUUCCUCACCUCUCCCCUUUUUUGUUGGGUUUUCCUUUUAUCUCCUGUGUCUCUUUCCAUCCCUUUCCCCAUUUAUGUUUCUGUGUUGUCUUUCUUUCCCCUUGUAAGAGUUCUGAUCCAAAAUUUAAUUCAGAUUCUAUGAAUCUGGAAAUUAAAACCUUCUCUUUAUCUGAGGAAGAGUAGAUUGGGCCCUUUGGACUGCACUUUGCAAGCAUAUAUAAUAGCAUUUCUUAUAUUUUUUGUACUUAAUUUAACAGAAUGUUCUUAAUAGUAGCGUAUCUUAGCUAUAGUAAGAUGUCAGUAGGUUAUGAUAUGAUAGUAAUGUAUAUUUAAAUAAUUUUGUAAAAACGUAUCAGAGGAGGGAGACUUAGCUGCUUGAUGACAAGAAAGUAUCUAUUAUUGCCACUUGAUUUUUUUCAGUUAUAGAAAAUACUGCAUGCUAGGCAAAACUAGACUGUUCUACCACUGCUGGUUUAUUGGAGGAACAUGUAAAAAUCGAUGGUUUAAAAAUAUUUUUUAGUAUUCCUAUUUGCUUUAUUUUUACAGAAAAAAUAGGCAAUGAGAAUUUUGGGAGCAAAAACAUGUAACAAAUAUACUGGUAUACAAUGUGAGCAAGAGCACAUUAACAAAUCGAUCUGUUUUUUAAUGGAAGAAAGUAGGGGUAAAGAAAGUAAAUAUAAGUGUGAUCCUACAAAGGCUUACGUGAAUUGGAAAAUUUGAAUUAGACUGACUGAACCUAUGUCUUUAUUCUUUGGAUGGUUUAAUGCCUGAUACCUAAAAAGUUAUAUUCAAGAUGUUCAAAUAUGUUUAGACCUUUGUUCAGCUUUAUGUGGUAUUGCUAUGAUGAAUUGUAUCUUGAGAAUAACAUUAUUCCAAUGAAGGAGAAUAUAGCAGACACUAAAACAAUGUUUUUUCGUAUGUUUGCUACUCUAUAAGAGCUUUCUUUUAAAGUUUAAAGUUAGAUUUUGUAAUUGAUAUCAUCUAAGCAAUUUGAAUUUAAUUCUGUGUAAACAUAAUACAAAUAGUUUAAAAUCUUUACUUACUUUGAAUUUGGGUUACAAUGAGGUGAAUUUGUCACAUUGUGUUUCUAACACUUGGUACUAUUAUAAUAGUGGAAAAGCGGAAUAAUGGUGUUAGAAUCCAGCUGAAAUUGUAGCUGAUAGCUAGAUCCAGGUCCGAGAAAACUGCAAAGUGCAUGAUAACUAGCAUUUAUUGAUGUUAACAAAAAUACAUGUGAACUUAAGAUCUCUCCUUGUCAAAUAAAAUACUUACCUUGCAAAAACUA